AUGAGUCCAAGCAACGCAACCAAGACCGCCAAAGCAGGCGGUAAAAAUGAUAAACCUGGAAAGCUGAAAGAUAGCUGCGACAUGUGCUCAUCUUCGAAGGUGAAAUGCAACAAGGAGAAGCCGGUCUGUGGUCGAUGUCGCAAGCUGGGUUACCCGUGCUUCUAUAGUCCGGCCCGUCGGAUCGGACGCCCACAUCCAAAUCGCCGAACCGUCUCCUGGCAAUCACCUGAGACGCGCCCGGCAUCUUUGCAGAUAGACACGAUUUUCGAUGAUAGCACCCCUCCGACUCCGAAAGACCUGCAAGAUCCUGCAUCAGAAGCAGAGCCGCGGCAGAACCCUCUUAUCAGAGAUAGCGGAGGUGAAACUGGUUGUGGCGAGAAUGCAUUGCAGUGGCUCGACGAAUUAUACACUUCAUCAUCAUGUGUUGCAGAAAGACAAAGGCCACUUGCAAUUUACUCCAACAUGACCAGUCAAUAUGGCUCAAAUGCAGCGUUCAAUCCCGACAGAGCAAGCCUUUAUCCGCAGUCUCCGUUGGAAGCCCCAGAACUCUUCAACUUCCCCGGGGCCAUCAACAAUGAUACAUAUUGGACGCAAUUCAUGCCAUCAGAAACAGCAGCUCCGCUCUUCUCCGUCGAUCCAAUUUUCGGACAAGGCGGUAGUGCAGCUAUGCACACACGGCACUGGGACAGCGGCGACCAAUCGUGCAGUCAAAGCCCAAACUCCGAGGCUUCGGAACCCGACUGCGUGACCGGAGCAAUAGAGAUCCUGCGACAAUUGAAAGCCUCUCAUAGCAGAGCUACAGGCGUAGUACAAGCAGAUCCAGCGGGACUCGAUCUGUCAGAGUGUAUGCAAGUCGUUUCAGCUGCAAUAAGCCGUCUAUCCACAAUCACGGUGUGCCCGUGCUCGCAAAAGACGUACGUGGGAACCUUGGUGGCUACCGUUUGCCUAGAAAUCUUGGAUUCCUACGAUUUAUUCUUUAAUAGACCCCAAGAUGCCAAUAUGGGAGAACCAACCAGAAAAAUUAAUAUCGUGGGCCAUGACCUUCAGACGGCCAUCGACAUGGAUUCCCAACUAGGGGGAUUUGAGGACCUUGACCCCAAGACAACAUCAAUUCGGGCCUUGGAAGAGCUUCCAAGACUCGCAAAUCUGGUGAUGCAAUUCUCAAGGAGGUACAAGACGGAUCCAGUCAUUCAAUCUAUGAACUCUCUGGCUGCUUUGGCGGAGUUUCUCAAGUUCCGAUUACGACUGGUAACGAACGAGGCCUUUGAGAUAGGUGCGCAUUGA